UGAGCCUUUUUUAGUGCGUGUCAGAGAUGAUGGGCUCACUUUAAAACGUUGCUGGAUCCUUUUGUCAGAUCAGUCUGUAAGAAGAGCUGCAGGGCAGGCAAGGAGUCCCUAACACACACACAAACACCUCCCACGUACACACCUGGUGGACUGAGCUUCAUCCGAGUCCACUUUGGAUCCUCUGGAAGGAAACUCUGAAGUCAAACAACCGCAGGUCCAGUCAUGGCUGAAAGAAGACGGACCAGUUUCUCCGGUGUGUUGAUCACCAUUGUGCUGGCUGUGAUGCUGCUGCCUGCAUUCUUGUCUGCUGGACCAAUUGUGCAAAAGUCCAGAGGAGAUGCGGGGGAAAGCAUCCAGGAGAAGGCGGCUGCUGCAGCAGCACACAGGAGGCUGAUCCGCAACCGCAGGAACAUCAGCUGGUACAAACAGCACUCUGACUUCUGGGCAUGGUACAAGUACUUUACUGACAACGGCAACCAGGAGGCAAUUCAGGAGAUGGAUCGCAUCUUCCUCGCCUACCUCCAGAACAAGAACCGUGCUGAGGGACGUCGCUCCUACAAGGCCUACUUGAGACACCUGGGAGAUGUUUAUAAAUCCUGCUCCGAUACUGAAGACCCCAACUGCGUGGCUUCCUACACCAGCAGGGCCAGUCCUAAAGCGGAAACCCCCAAACCUGCCCCAGUAAAAACCUGUGACCCCACCAAGGACCCCUACUGCAUGUACAUGGCUUUAGUCCAGGGAAAGAGCCCUUACAAGCCAUUGGUGCUCCCGGCUGCCACCCCUGCUCCUCAGUACGUCCACUCUCCUGCUCCAGCCAAGGACCCUCAGUCAGGGUACUACUACUACUCGCCGUCCACGAUGCCUUUCCUGACCAUGGAGCAGAAGGUAGAGUUGCUGCGGAUCUGUGGCUCUGAUGAUGUGGAGUGUCUGCAGUACCAUCUGAAAGCUGCUUAUGGGUAUUCUGGUGGGUCCCGUCCAUCAUAUGCCCACCUUGGCUGUGACCCCAAGAAAGAUCCUGCCUGCAAAAUGUUACAGAAAGCUCCUGCUGGUCUCUACAUGAAUGCCUAUUCUGCCUCCAGUACGGCUCCCCAAGCUGCACCAGGAUCCUGCAAUCCUCUUUUUGAAGACGGUUGCAACCCUCUUACCGCCACCAGAUUUUCCACUUCUCCAGAAUCAUACAAAAGUAACGAGAGAGAUCAGGCCGCUGCCAUCCGUGCUGCCCCUCCUGCUGAGCAGUAUGACCCCUAUUCCAUGUAUAGGGAUUCUUAUUCUAAUGUUAACAGAGUCACUGAUCCUUAUGCUAUGUAUCGCCAGGCCAGUGCCCCAACUUCUCCUCCAGCUACUGAUCUCUUUGCUGUACUGCGCCAAUACAUGGCCCAAGCUCACACUAAUGACCCAUAUGCUCCACGUAUGGGGGCUGCUUCUGAGUCAAACUCCAACGAUCCUUACUCUACUAUGCGUGAUGCAGCAGGCGCUAUGCACCUGCACACCCCUCCAUCCCCCAGGCAGCAGCACCCUUAUUCCUAUCCCAGUUAUGAGGAACCUGCCCAGGAGGAACGCCACCCUCUGGGUCCCCCAGGCAAAACCAAGGAGGGCUACGACUGUUUCAUUGGCUAUGACCGUGAAUGCUAUCCCGUGAAGCCCAGCGCACCUCGCUCUGGAGUUCAACGUCGCAUCCCUUACCCUGCUGAGGCCUAUGAGCCCCACCUGAAUUCUGACGGCACCCGCAACGGCGUCCUGGAGCCUGUAAACCCACACUGUGACCCCGAGUAUGACCGUGACUGCCGCCUGCGUCGCUAUGAGACCGAGCAGCCUCAAAGCCAGCCUGAACGUCAUGCAGCAGAGGACCACAGCCAGACGGCAGCCGAGAGAGAGCAGGUUAAUCAGGACCAGUAUGAAGCAGAGCCCUACCAGAGCGGCCAGGAGGAAUCUCACACACCCUACCAGCCUCUCUCACAAGGCAUGCCCAGCCUCCAGGACAUACUGAGGCGCUAUGGAGACCAGUAUCCCGGGCAGGAGGAUCACAGAGCUUAUGCAGACAACUACCACAAGAAGUAAACAGGCUAACACGCACAAAAGCAUGCAGAUGGACAUGAAUGCACAGUCCCAUGCGUUCCUGUAGUUCAGCCCUUGAACGCCUCAUGCCCCGAGAAACCAGUUCUAUCUGGACCAGAGGUGGGACACAGGUGAAUUUGAUGGACCCAGAGAGCAAGUACAUGCACGUACAUCCCAAACACAGCUUCUUGCUUUGGGAGCCUGCUAAAAACUUUCCUGGAACGCCUUCCUAUAACUUUAGUUGCUUCAGGCCUGAUGCUUUGAUUUAUUGCUUUUUACUUUCUACCUUAAACUCUCCUCUGUGCUUUCAAGUGUGUAAUGACCUCGCAGCUCUCAGCUUUGCUUCUGUAUCUGUGCAUUAUUUUUAAAAAUGAAAUAUUGUUUAUUGCUUUUUGACACAGAUGGAUUGUCAUUUUUUUUCAUUUUAAUUGUUCUAAUAAAAAAUACAGAAAUA